AUGGAAAUGGAGCGAAAUCAUGAAAAACAACGGCAAGAUGAAGACAAAGCUCGACAACGAUAUGGUCAUUACAAUCCUGCUAGACAAGGAUUUUAUUUAUUUCCCUCUUUGACAAUAAUUGCGGUUAUUAUAUCACUUGGAGUUGCCAUUCAUGGUCUUCAAUCAAGAUUAAUGAAAGUGACUGAUACACAUAAUUCUAGUCGACGUGCUUAUCGUGAGUGGCUUUCAGCGUUGGAUAGUGCUCGUGAUACUCCACAACGACCUGAAAGAUGA